AUGAAUGAAUACCACAGGGGCUUUCGGGUGGUGGCCCCGACCCUGAUCCUUACCAACGCAUGCCGAACUACUCCGGUAAUCUCACGGGACCGUACUACUACGACGCGGAAAACGCCUGACACGGAGAAAUGGGCGACAACGACCCUUACGGAAGCAAUCGCCAAGGACAUGUUGCUGGAGACGAAGAUCUGGGACCCUCCUUCUCCUCUCAUGGCCCCGGCUUCCAAGGCGGAAGCAAACAUCUCUACUCAGGCGGAUAUUACGACUAGCACAGGGACGACUUUGGUGGCCAUCCACCACAGCAGCAGACCAAUACCCUUGACUACGGCGGACAGAAAGGCUAGUGGUGGCAACGGCGGUCAACCGGGCUCUUACUAUGGACGCGAGGGUUUCGACUGUCCCCAUGGCUUCGAGGCCCGCGAGAGCAAUUACGGUGCAGGUGCUGGCGGGCACGGCUAUGAGCAACACGGAUACGACAGUAUGGGAACGAUUACCAUGGAAACAGACCAUCUGGACACAACCAGCAAGAAUACAAUCCGCACGACGGGAGCAACCAGCAUGGCUACGAGCAAAGCAGGUACAGACGACAUUGAGACGAUCGAGAUCGAUCUCAUUUGA